AUGGGCAGGAUUCUCCUGACCGUUCCUAUGACAGCUCUCGCAGUUCUCUCGGCGGUCAUGGGCUCCGCAUUGCCCAACUCCGCCUGCGAGCAGAACGCACUGCUGCAGGUCACGAGCACCAGGCUCCAGGGGCCUUCCUUCCCAAGCCUUCCAAGUCUCCCAGGUCUUGUGCAACACGCCGCCGAGCGCAGUUCGCGGAUGGACGAGGGACGACUCGAGGGUGUGAGGAAGGUGCACUCGGAGAUUGAGGCCAUGGUGAAGCAGCUGCUGACGGAGAAGAGUACAAUGGAGACUGGGCGGAAUCGCAGUGACUACAACCUGAGCAGCACCACCCUGGCGGUCCUCGACACAGUCAGCACAGAAAUGCAGAGCUUGUUGGUGGAGAUCAACGAGUCCCACAUCGCGGAUGAGCAGCUUCUUCUUGACCUGGCCCAGGCCUUCGUCCAGUGCAACACGGACCUCGCCCAGCGCCAGCUGCAGAGCGACAACCUCAGCAGCCUCGUGGCCAGUGCCCGCCAGUCCCACGAUGCCUGCCGUGCGUCGGAGCAGAGCCUGACGGCGGCCAACGCCAGCUCAUGGGCAGCCUAUCUUGCUGCCGGCAGUGAGGCUCCCCCUGAGACGGUGAAGCAGUGCAUGACGAACUUCGUCAAUGGCCACAACCCAGAAGCAGUUGAGGACCUUGAGGCCAUGACCAGCUGCGCAGAAACGAUCCAGUCUUGGAGCUCUGACUUCGCAGCGAACAUGACCAACCUGCAGAAUACUUAUACAAGUGACCUAAAUGCAGUGAAUCAGGAGAGAGUGUCUUGUCGCGUGAAUCAAUCGACGCUGGAGAGUCACUUCUGCGAGUACCGGCAGCAGCUUAGUGACAGCUGCAUCGCCGUUGACAGCUGCCAUGAGAAUGCCAACGCGACCUGGCACGAGCUCCUCGUGUCCAUCGCAGCCUCGGACGUGCGACGUGAAUCCUCCUUCAUUGCGGCCACAAAGGUCAUCUGUUACAUCCAGGUCCUCCAGUCGAACCUGACCCAGCCAGCAGUCCAGGAAUGCCAAGACCUUACAGCCGACACCUCUGUGAUCAACGUCAACAUCCCCACGCCGGCCGGGAUCGCGACCUGUGACGCCUCGCCCGUGGCCACCUUCCCCUGCGAGGCAGCCUGGUUGGACAUGGAGUACUUCAACAAGUCUUGGUACACGCAGCAGCCGCAGAUCCUCCCCGACACCUGCAUCAGCUGUGCGGCGCGGGUCACGACGACCACGACCACCCUCGCAGUAGUCGUGCCAGACAACAGCGUGGCGGCUGUGUUCCUGUCCACCUGUGCCGUCACCAGCCAGGUGCCCACCAAGUUGCAGUGUGUCGGCGAAAGUUCCGGCGGACAAUUGGGAGGCCCCGGCUAUCCGGCCUACGUUGAUCUGGGAAGUCGCACGGCAAGCCGUGUGUUCGGCCCUACUUGCUGCAGAUUCUGCGCCCUCCUGGACAACGAGGAUCUCAAGUGCUGGGGAGGCAACAGUAAUGGGGAGUGGCAAGUGUUUGGCGGACCCCACCACGUCUGCGCCAUCCUGGACGACCAGUCCCUCAAGUGCUGGGGCCAUGGAGCUAACGGCAUGCUGGGCUUCACACCCUCCAAUGGCCCGAAUGUGGGUGAUGCCCCGAAUGAGAUGGGUGACAACCUUCCCGUCGUGAGUUUCGGUGCCCUGGAGGGUAGCCACCAGGUGCUGGGUGGCUCAGCCUGGUGGCACGUGUGCGUGCUUUUGGACCACCCAGCCGAAGUUACACAGCUGGCGUGCUUUGGGGUGAAUGGGGGUGAAGGGCGUCUCGCACGUGGAAAUACAGACCAUCAUUCACUGACUCCCAUGCCGGUUGAUCUGGGCACCGGCUUUCAUGCAGUGCAGGUGAAAUGCUGGGGCGGCAACGGCAAUGGCCAGUUGGGCAGAGGUGCCCCUGCCGUCGAUGUCAACAACGUGGGUGCGAGCCCGGGUGACAUGGGUGACAACUUGCCAGCCGUCGACUUGGGUACAGACCAGGGUGGCAAACCGCUGAAAGCCAUCUACAUCAUGGUUGGUCACAGGCAUUCGUGUGCCAUUCUCCAGGGUGGGGCCGUCAAAUGCUGGGGCAGCAACACGCUCUUUGGACCAAAGGAAGGGCAAGCUGGGCAGCCAAACAGCAACAGCAUUGUGGGUGACAGUCCUGCGGAGAUGGGCGACCACCUCCCGAGCGUCAACAUCGGGGAGAACAUGGUGGCCACGGAGCUGGUCGGCGGAGUGGCCCACACGUGCGCACGCCUGGAGGGCGGUGCGCUCAAGUGCUGGGGCACGGGCGGCAACUAUGACUGGGCCAGCUUCCUGGCCCAUUCAGCGCUACGAAGCCCCAAGAACUUUUCCCGGACAGCUCAAAACCAGGAAGCCCCAGCAGUUGUUUUUUCCAGUGUGCUUCCAUGCCCACAUUUCCCAGCCUCUGGGUUUCCGCAAUCCGAUGCCCUAAGCCCUGAAACCCGAAAUCCUAAACCCUAA